CUCCGUCUCAUCCGUACUGUGAGUCAAGCGUGCUCGGUUGCGACAUGACCAGAGCCUCACAGACCUCGUCAUUCAAAUAUGGAGCAGUUUAAAGCGAUCAUUUCGGUUCUUUGGAUAUUAUUGCUCAACAGAAACGAAGAGUGCAGUGCAGAGGAAGUUGUCUUGCUGAAUUCUAAGGAGUCCCAGGCAGAGCUGGGUUGGACCUCAUAUCCUUCUAAUGGGUGGGAGGAAAUCAGCGGUGUCGAUGAGAAAUACAAGCCCAUUCGCACAUAUCAAGUAUGCAACGUGAUGGAGCCCAGUCAGAACAACUGGCUCCAGACAGGUUGGAUAUGGCGGCAGGGUGGCCAGCGCAUCUUCAUCGAGCUGCAGUUCACCCUGAGAGACUGCAACAGCAUCCCAGGCGUGUCCGGUAGCUGUAAGGAGACCUUCAACCUCCUCUAUGCCGAGUCUGACUGGGACCUGGGCCGCGUCACCCGUGAAGACCGCUACAGCAAAAUCGACACCAUUGCGGCAGAUGAAAGUUUCACGCAGGGAGAUUUGGGAGAACGUAAGAUGAAACUUAACACAGAAGUCCGAGAGAUAGGACAUCUCAACCGCAAAGGAUUCCAUCUGGCCUUCCAGGAUGUGGGGGCGUGUGUUGCGCUGGUUUCCGUGAGAGUGUACUACAAACGUUGUUUAUCAACGGUGCAGAAUUUAGCAGUGUUCCCGGAUACAGUAGCUGAAGCUGCCUUCUCGACUUUGGUGGAGGUGAGAGGAUCGUGCGUCAAUAACUCUGAGGUGGACACAGACAGUCCUCCCAGAAUGCAUUGCAGUGCUGAAGGAGAGUGGCUGGUGCCCAUCGGGAAAUGCAGCUGCAGUGCUGGGUACGAGGAGGGACACAGCAGCUGUGAGGCCUGUCCCCCAGGCACCUACAAGAUGUCGUCACGGCAGCAAGAGUGUUUCCCGUGUCCAGCUAACAGUAAGGCUGAAGAAGAGGGCUCUGUGCUGUGUGUGUGCGAGGAGGACCACUUCAGAACUCCACUGGACCCUCCAUCUGCACCCUGUACACGCCCACCCUCUCCACCUCGUGAUCUGGUCUACACCCUCAAACAGUCCACGCUUAUUCUGGAGUGGGCCGCUCCGAAUGACUCAGGUGGCCGAGGGGAUCUCACCUACAGCAUAGGCUGCCGGCGAUGCGUCGGCCCCCCGCGGGCCCCUCAGAUGCAGUGUGAACCCUGCGGAGCCAGCAUGGGGUUCGUACCACAGCAGAGCGGCCUGACGGAGCGCACAGUCACCAUCAUGAACCUGCUGCCCAACACCAACUACUCCUUCAGCGUGGAGGCCCGAAACGGCGUCUCGGAGUUACUCCCCAACAAAAGGUUCUACACACAGGUCAACAUAUCCACCAGCCUCCCAGCGCCUUCCCAGGUUAACGAGCUGCGAGCGGAGAAGGUUGAGCAGCGCAGUGUGACUCUGGCUUGGAGGGAACCCGUCGUGUAUCCCAACAGCAGCCGCACUGAAUACGAGAUCAAAUACUAUGAAAAGGACCAGAAAGACCAGCGCUAUUCCACAGUAAAGACGGCUGCCACCAGAAUUAGCGUCAACAACCUGAAACCAGGCACCACCUACGUCUUCCUCAUCCGCACCUGCUCCAGCCCAGCACUUUCAUCUCUUUCCUCCUCUCCUCUUUCUUCUUCUUCCUCCUCCUCUUCCUCCUCUUCUUUGUCUCCAUCUUCGCCUUCUGCUUCCUCUUCCAGCCCUGUGGCAGCUGUGUCGCCCCCUUCGCUUGACUACGGGGCGUACAGCGCACCGCUGGAGCUGCAGACGCUGGUGGAACUGGCCUUGGCCUCUAGUGAGCAGAGUCCUGUGGUGAUCAUCGUGGUGGUUUCGGUGGCUGCUCUCAUCAUGUUACUGACUCUUGGAGUUGGAUUGCUCAUCUGGAGAAGUGGCUUCUCCAGACCGUCCAAUGUAGCUCCUACUCGCGUGGUGCUGCUCUCUACCUCCUUCUCUACUCUUCCUCCUCCUCCUCUUCCUCCCUCCACGCAGCUGUCUCCCAGACAGUGUGGCUACAGUAAAGCCAGCCAGGAGGGGGAUGAGGAACUCUACUUCCAGUUUAAAAUCCCAACCCGAAGGACCUACAUUGACCCAGAAACCUGUGAAGAUCUGCUCCAGACUGUUCAUGCCUUUGCCAAAGAGCUGGACAUAUCUAGCAUCAAGAUCGAGAGGAUAGUCCAUACAGGAGACUUUGGGGAGGUGUGUCGUGGUUGCCUGAAGCUUCCCAGCAAACGAGAGUUGCCUGUGGCCAUAAAGACCCUACGUGCAGGCUGCUCGGAAAAACAGAGACGCUCAUUCCUCAGCGAGGCAGGAAUUCUGGGACAGUUUGAUCAAGCCAACAUUGUGCGUCUGGAGGGAGUCAUCACCAGAGGCAACACUAUGAUGAUUGUGGUGGAGAGCAUGGCCAACGGAGCCCUGGACUCUUUCCUGCGGAAACACGAAGGUCAGUUGACUGUUCUUCAGCUGGUGGAUUUACUGAGCGGAGUGGCAUCUGGGAUGAAGUAUCUGACAGAGAUGGGUUUUAUCCAUCGCCGUCUGGCUGCUCACAAAGUCCUAGUGAACAGCAGCCUGGUCUGCAAAGUGUCAGGCUUCAGACCUCUUCAGGACGACAAAAUCGAGGCAGUCUACAGCACACUAUUUGUUUUCCUCUCUUUUUCCUCUUUACUAUUUUACACUCCAUUUCCCUUUCCCUUUCCCUUUGAUUUUUCUCUUGGCAACAUUUGUCAUUCCUUCCUUUCUUUCAUUUUCUCCCUCUUUUCUUCUGCUCAGAAACACGAAGGUCAGUUGACUGUUCUUCAGCUGGUGGAUUUACUGAGCGGAGUGGCAUCUGGGAUGAAGUAUCUGACAGAGAUGGGUUUUAUCCAUCGCCGUCUGGCUGCUCACAAAGUCCUAGUGAACAGCAGCCUGGUCUGCAAAGUGUCAGGCUUCAGACCUCUUCAGGACGACAAAAUCGAGGCAGUCUACAGCACACUACACGGAGGAAAGAGUUUGGUGUUGUGGACGGCCCCAGAGGCCAUUCAGUACCAUCGUUACAGCUCCGCUUCUGAUGUCUGGAGCUUCGGUAUCGUCAUGUGGGAAGUCAUGUCCUUCGGGGAGAGACCGUACUGGGACAUGGGCAACCAAGAUGUAAUAAAAGCUAUAGAGGAUGGGUUCCGGUUACCCGCUCCCGUGAACUGCCCACCGUCUCUGCAUCAGCUCAUGCUGGAUUGCUGGCAGAAGGAGAGGACAGAUAGGCCCACCUUCACCCAGAUCCACAGCGCUCUCAGCAAGGCCAUGAGGAGCCCGGACAACAUCGGGUCCUCCACCCUGGGACGCAGGACUCUGGGCUCAUCUGUAUCACUAGCAGAACGGACACUUCCUUCCUUCCCUUCGUUUAGUUCAGUUGGAGAGUGGUUAGAGGCGGUAGACAUGGGCCGCUACAAAGACAACUUCACUGCUGCUGGAUACUGUUACCUGGAGUCAGUGGCUCGCAUGACUGUUCAGGAUGUGUUGAGUCUCGGCAUCACCUCUCUGGAGCACCAGAAACAGAUCCUGUCCGCCAUACAGACUCUCAGAGCACAGGUUAUCCAGAUGCACGGCCGCGGAGUGCAAGUCUGACAGACCCUCAGCAGUGUGCUGACUUGCAGAGAAAAGACAUAUGGACGUCUGUUCUCAUAAUUACCCAGCAGGCCAUUCAGCGGUCAGGAAGUGAAAACCAAGUCACUGCAAAUGGUAGUUCUCUUCCUAAUCUUCGCCUUUUCAUUCUUUUAGUGAACACUGGUUCUCUCCUUCCACAAACAAGUUCUUGUUUUCUGAGGGGGACGUUGUCACAAGCAAGAAAAUUCCCCUUGAAUAACCUGCGUGCUGAUAUUGACCUGCCUUUCUUCUGCUGUUCAUCAGUGACAUGAGCUCUAUCCUUUAUAUUAGGACUUUAAGGUGGUUGAGACCCUCCGUCACUGUCCCAGAGCAGGGAGGUUUGACUCUGACCAAUCUCAGAGCAAUCAAAAGGGUGACAUGUAGUCCUGUUUUCUUUAUCCAAAGAAAACAUCUCAUGUUUUGUAGCCACCGCUCCUCCUUGUUAAGUGGACUAAACCAAGAGCAUGUCAUCCAUGACCAUUUGCUCCUCAGACUAGAAGAACAUCUCGCCGAAUCUUCGGGAAAUAAGUUGUUUUCUGAGUUAAGGAAUCUAAAAAAAUAUGUAAAUCCCUUUUUCUGUGUAUAUUCUUGAUUUGGUUACUGUCUACUUUUUUUUUUUUUGCUUUCUUCCUUCCACACUUGGAACUCGUUUCCGAGUUUAAAUUAGUGUUGUCGGACAUUUGUACUCAUAAUGUUUUUUUUUUUUUCUCAUUCCGUCUACUAUAAGGACAAUGUUUGCACUGCAGUGUCCAUGACUUACAAAAGCUUGCACCAUAUUUAUUAGAUGAUUUAUUUAUCCAUUUACAGAUGCUUACUGGAGUUUGAAUGCUGAAAUAUUGUUUGAAAACCGAAAACAAAACACUGAAUUUAGCUGCCAUUUCAUCAAAAUGCACUUCGAUUUUAUGUAAUUUAAUUUGUUUCUGCACUUUGAAAAGCGAGUGAGUGAAUGUGUAGGGGAUGUAUACACACACAUACAUUCACACAUUUACACGCUGUGACGGCAGGUGUCCAAUACUCGUUUCGUACAGCGCAAGUGUUUGUUCUUCAGUGAGGAUGUUCUGAAUGUUCCAGUGUUACUGAAUUUAGACUAUUGUGUGACGUGAGCGUGUGAACAAGACUUGGUUGUACUUGGAUGUGUUUAAGCAGUAUUGAGUGAAAGCCUAAUUCAGAAUAUUUACAGUUUGAUUAUAGAAAUAGGUCGGUGCAAAUCACAUUAACAAUGACCAGGACACACAGGUUGGAUCUGGACUUUGCCACAAAUACAUAUAGUACAAAAAGACUGCUUUUUUUUUCUUAUAUUAGGUUGUUGUUGAUUUUUAGGAUAUAAACAAUUAAAGAGUUUUGGAAUUUAAUGAUAAGAGCAUCAUUUUCACACUGUGUUUUACAGUUACACACAUACAGAGAUGCACAUUCGUUAUUAUUGCAGCCAUAUCAUAUCUGAACGUGGCGCAAACCCGUGUUAAUUAUCACUUCAAAAUGUAAAGGACAGAGACAUGAUGUACUGUACUGAUUAACAGCCCUUUACCGAAUAAGACUCAAUUCCCCUUUGCAUUGUGUAUCAUUCUGAUCUCUGUUUGAUACUGUAAAUAUGUAUUUGAAAAUGCAAUCUAUUUUUAUAAUUUGUUUGAAUAAUAAUGUGUUAAAUGAGAUCCUCUCACUGUGUUGAAAUUACUUACUGUUUCAAUUUGGCGAGUCGCCAAAAAAGUAGUUUUCUUUUCCUUUUUUGUUUCCUUUCAGUCAGAGUUUUUCAUGAUUUUUACCUGUUUAGAAUAACAGAUGGCUAUUGCAAUAUUGAAACAUGUUAUUAAAAAAAUACAAUACAUGUACUCUA